AUGGUGGCGGACAAGAGCAAGAAGGCCAAAACCGAAGAGGAAAACGUCGAGCAAAUCGUCGAUCAGGAGCUUGUUCUCUCUGUCGAAAAGCUUCAAGAGAUCCAAGACGAUCUCGAGAAGAUAAACGAAAAGGCUAGCGAUGAGGUCCUGGAAGUAGAGCAGAAAUAUAACGAGAUAAGGAAGCCUGUUUACGACAAGCGUAACGAAAUUAUCAAAUCAAUCCCUGACUUUUGGCUAACUGCUUUCUUGAGUCAUCCUGCUCUUGGCGAGUUGUUGACAGAAGAAGACCAAAAGAUUUUCAAAUAUCUUAGCUCUCUUGAUGUUGAGGAUGCCAAAGAUGUGAAAUCUGGAUACUCGAUCACUUUUCACUUCAAUCCCAACCCCUUUUUUGAGGAUGGAAAACUUACGAAGACUUUUACCUUCCUCGAGGAAGGGACAACGAAAAUCACAGCCACGCCUAUCAAAUGGAAAGAGGGCAAAGGUUUGCCAAAUGGAGUGAAUCACGACAAGAAAGGAAACAAACGUGCAUUACCUGAAGAGAGUUUCUUUACCUGGUUCAGCGAUGCUCAACACAAGGAGGACGUUGAGGAAGAGAUUCAAGACGAGGUCGCAGAUAUAAUCAAGGAAGAUUUAUGGCCCAACCCUCUCACCUACUUUAACAAUGAGGCUGAUGAAGAGGAUUUUGAUGAAGACGAUGACGAGGUAAAUUCAGUCACAUUUUAUUUCCUUUGCUUGGUUGAGUUAUGA